GCUCUCGUUCAUUUAGCUUCAUAAAAUGGUGAUGCUGCUGAUCGUCUGUUUGUUGGGAUUGUUUGCUCAGUCUUCUGCCCAAAUCAGGAGACAGGGCUCAUGUCCCCAGCCGAAAUCAAUUCCCAACUUUAAUGAGACUAAGCUUAUUGGCCAGUGGUUCGAAUGGGCUCGCAUCGAUAAUGCAUAUCAACCCGAUCAUGUCUGUGGAUUAACAACUUAUUACAGAAAUAAUGAUGGAGUCCUGAUCAAGGCGAUGAGCUCCAUCCUGCGAUUUCCAGGAACUAGGCUUUUCUGGGAGGGAAAAAUGGUUCCUAGGGAGUCAACACCUACUGCUCGGUACCAUAUGGUAUUCCCUGAUUGGUCAUUGGAGACAGGACUAAUUUCUACAUAUGUAGCUGCGAAUUGGGACCACUGGGUCAUAUUACAUGGCUGCAAACAGCAGGGAAAUCAGUCGCUGCAAUUCGCGUGGGUGUGGGUGAAGAAUCCGAAUUUAGAUGGGAUAUACCAAAGACAAAUCUCUAGAGUUCUUGAAGAGAUCAAUCUACCCAUGCGAAAUCUUCGAGGUAUUAAUCAGACGAACUGUCCGAAUCACAGAUCUGCUGGUGUGUGCAAAUGAACUUCACAUUGAAUGAUAAUUGGAGUAUCUAAUUAUAAAAAUCGAAUAAAAUUCUAAUUGUUCAUUAAUUAUUAUGUAUUACUGGUAUUAAACUGUAUCUUUCCUUCUCUCA